UAACUUGACGUCAUGUAGCUACAUCAUGCAGUCUGAUGUUGGAUUCUCAAAUUUACUGCCUUUCCACCGCACGUUCAUCUGGAAAAUUGAGGCUGAUUCACAAAAAUCAUUCCAGAUAAACUUUGCUAACACAGGAUUGACUCAGAUUGCUCCAAGUGACAGCUGUACCAAUAAACAGACCUACACUCUACGAGUAGCAAAUAUUCUCCUAGGGAAAUUCUGCUCACAUGGGACCAUCAGAAGUGUAACGAUCCGAGGUCAUGAGAGCUUCUCUCUGGACCUCCCAGCAGGACAGACGCUAAGCAGAGGCCAGUUUAAUGUGUCUGUAGUGGAGAAAAUAACAACCCUUGCCAAAAUUUCAGUCACAUUAGAAGAAGGCUCUUUGUCCUCAACGCUGCUGACACCAAACUACCCAAACAGUUUUCCCAACAAUGACCUGAUGGAGUGGUAUUUUCAGGUCCCCUAUAAUUAUAAAACAGCAAUUAAAUUCCUGAACCUGAAGCAGCCGACUUGCUUAAAGGACAAUACGGAAGUGACUUACAGAAACGAAGGGACGAGUAGCCAGGUUGUUGGACUUGGUGACGUCCAGCCAGAACAGAAACAGGGAAGCUUCUCACUCAGGCUGAGGAAUUGUCAGAUGGACACAAAAAGUCCUGAUGGACUCUCCAUGAAACUCACAGUGACUGCUUCCCCAGGUAAUCACCUGUAUACCAUAGUCGGUGUGUUGGCUGCUCUGGUCGUCAUUUUCAUCGCUGUGCUUUUAGUGGUUUGCAUUGUAAUUAGGAAGAAGACACGAGAUCGCCAUACAGGGGAGUCAGUCUACAAUCCAGGCAACACCAAUAUCCAGAUAGGACCCAGGAACAACAAUGAAGGCAGCGAGGAUAUUUACCAUAUUUACACCCCCAUUGAUGAAUCACUAGUUUACUCACACCUUCUAAACAAUGGUGAUUGUGACGUGUAUGAGUCGUAUGAGAUCCUUCCUAGGUUGGAAAAGAAACCAACCAGUGACAAAGGAGGUAAUGACAUCACCGUGUCGCUCUUCCAGUCUGAACAAGAACACAUGAUUCCCAACAGCUACGUGGAGUUCAUUGUGGACAACAACACUGAUGAUUAA